AAAAAGUUAUUCGCAGAAAACCAAAAUUUUAUGGCUCUAUUAACUUUUGGCACUUUUUGGCACAAAGGAGAUGCGACAAUCGAUUUUCGACCACAGGCCCGGAUUGGCAACUCGAUGGAAAGUUUUUUGGCACGUUUGGAUUUCCCAACAUUGAAACACAGUAAAAGUUAUUCGGCCUCAAAGUCAAAAUUUUUUUCAAUUUUCCGACGUCGCUGUGACGUCAUAGCCACGCCCAAUUUCAAAACCGACCACACCCAACGAUGCCCCUUGAAAAGGACAACAUUUGGUGUAAGGGGCGUCGUGGUACCCCGCUGGUUCAAAAGUUAUGGCGAAAAGACUUUUUUGGCACCCCGUUUUUGACCCUAUUUUUUGGUUUUUGGCACACAGUGGCGCAACCGUAAAAGGUACCAAGUCGCCGUUCCCACCCUUUUCAAUCCACCAUAUAGGGAUCACCUUGGCACCGUUUGCACAUCUGUACCACUUUUGGUCUCUCUGUGCCAAGGUCCCAAACAGGGCCCACUUUCGCUUUCCUCUGUGACGUCACGACCACGCCCAACCACGCCCAAACUCAAGUCACUCGUGGACCUCGCGGAGAUCUUUCGUUUGAGCCAGGUCCCAGUUUUGUCCCAUUUGUGGUUCAAAAGUUACGGUCCAAAGUGUGUUUUUGGCACUUUUCGGCACCAGUGCCACUCGGUUUGUGCCAAAUUACUCGGAACGGAAAGGUGGUACCCUGGUGCAAACGAAGGUCCUCAGUUACCCCACUGAAUUUGGCACAGUUUGAGCCUAUUUGGGCUUCUGUACCUCUUGUCACUUUUUUGCCCCGUCAGUUUGAAAAUCGGCGAAAAAGUGCCAAAAUCGCCUCUUCUGACGUCACUGUGACGUAGGUGCCACGCCCAAUCCGAGUACCGUUUAUUGCAAAAGGUGCGCCUUCACUAGCUCUACGACCUCCCGCAAACCCCGUUUCGAUACCCCUCUUCGUUUUUGAGUUAUUCACGAAAAACCUGUUUUUGGCCGUUUUUUUCCACCCCCGUGACACAUGUUUUUUGGGGUUUACCCCACCUUACCCCGUUACCCCAACUCCCAGAUUUCGUAUUCGACUAGGGCCUCUUACAGAUACACCUUCUAAAAAAAGAAUUUUUCGAUUCCCACUUGCCGUUCAAAAGUUAUUCGCGAAAAACACUUUUCAAAAAAUCUGCACCUACCAAUUUGCAAUAUCUUUUUGAAAUAAACUCGGGAAUACUUACUUUAUGCUUGGAUAUCUAGAACUGCUCAUUUUCCUCACUUUUGUUGGAGAAUCUGCUAAAUGUUUUGGUCGGAAAUUUUUGGAGCCGCAAUGGACCUAAUCGCAGCAGCCGCUUCGUGAUAUGUUGCAGAACUAUUCAAUCAAUAAAAUGUGUCACAAAUCGUCAAGCCCAUCUUUUCCAACCGAUUGCGAUUUUGUUAUGGGAACAAAUAACGCUGCAAAUUGCGUGAAAGAACAUUUCGUCCUCUCACUAAAUAAAAAUACCAAAAUUCCCUCGACAAACAGGUUCACUCGAUUACCUCACUCAAUAGCUGGAAAAGAGUAGGCAUAAUAAAAUGGCUUAAAAUAUGCCACUUUCCAUCAAAUAGAGCGUUUUCAUGUGACGUAAGAAAAUCGGAAACGAGGUUGGUGGCCAUGUUGGUGUUCCACCACUGAUCUCUGUGUUAAAAGUUGUUAAGCAUGGCUACUAAUUCAACUGAGACAGUCACGAAGAGGGACGUGAAAACUUGACACGAAGCAAUCCCAUUAUCCGAUUAUGCAAAACGAUUGGAUUCACAUGUUAAAGAGAGGUAUAUGGAGAAAGUAGCAAUAAUUGGUAUUGACCCUUUGCUGAUUUCAGAAGAAAAACACGAUCCAGAAUGCUUGCCACCAGUGGAAGCCGCCAAUUUACUCUCGUAUUUUGUUGAGGACAUAAGCUACUAUACAAAUAUGCAAUUCAAAGCAUUUCGAAGUUUGCAUGCUUACAAUCAAAUGGUCUCUGGAUUAAUAUCAAGUGUCCAGGGACAGAUUAUUUCCAACAAAUACGUUGUUUUGGGAAAGGUACGGCACUCGCAGAGGAUGAAUGAUCCACCUGUUCUGCUUUUGAUCAUAACGGAAAAAGACGGGACGAUUCUUUGCGCACAUUGUGUAGGCUGUAUGGCAGGCCUUGGGUAAUGCUGCUCCCACAUCGCAAGUGUUCUUUUUUAUUUAGAAGUUUGGACCAGACUCAAUGGUAAGCUUGCUUGUACACAAACCAAAUGUACAUGGAUCUUGCCAACAUAUGUCAAGGAAAUAUCCUAUGCUCCAGUCAAGAACAUAGAUUUCACCUCUUCCAAGAAACUGAAACAGAAUCUUGAUAAGGCUGUUGAUGAUGUUAUCAUCCCAUUGCCUAAACAGGAUGAAUGCUUCACUAGAACCAGACCUGAUAAAGCAAUGAUAGACAAUGCAUCCCCAAGUGAAGAUGAGAAAAAUUCUUUCUACAGGGAAUUGAAUUCAUGCAAGAAAAAGCCUGUCGCAUUAAGUUUGAUCAAGCCAUAUGCAGACUCCUUCAUCCUCAAAAGCAGGAACAUCCCCACUAUAUCAGAUUUAUUUGAUGAGAAAAAUCUUAAACUUGAAUAUCAUCAGUUGAUAAAAUUAUGUUCAGAAACAAACAUCAGCAUCAGUGAAACUGAUAUCAAUGAAAUUGAAAGGGAUACAAGAAGCCAGUCUAAAGGAAGUGCAUUUUUCCGACAUCGAGCAGGCAGGAUUGGUGCUUCAGUUUCAAAGCAAGCAUGCCACACAAAUCCAGCACAGCCAUCUCAAUCAUUAAUCAAAUCAAUUUGCUACCCACAUCUUUUCCAGUUCCAAUCAGCUGCAACAGACCAUGGUUGCAAGCAUAAGCAAAAUGCAAUUAAUGCAUUUGAAGAGCAAAUGAAACUGUCCCAUUUAAAUUAUCAGACAAUUAAAUGUGGAAUAUUUGUUCACCAACUACCAAGUGCAACAGCAACUAUUUACAACAAAGAAGGGUUUCUGCGAUUUUGUUGUUUGUGGCUUCACUGAAACUGCAACUGCUUUUAUUCAUGAAAGAAUUAUGCCUGAUGAAUGCCAUUUGAACCAUGUUUUACCAAAGUUAUCCCAAUUUUGGCAAUACUGUAUCCUGCCAGAAAUCUUAGGUAGAUGGUAUACAAGGAGAUCACAUUUGUUGAAGGCAGUGGAGGGCUGCAAAUCAUUUUGCUUCUGCAGGGUUGAAACAGAAGAAUUUACCAUAAAAUGCCACAAGGAAAAAUGUCCCAUAUCUUUGUACCACCCAUCCUGCUUGAAGAUAUCUAAGUUUCCUAAGAAUUGGCUCUGCCCUCAUUGUCAAAGGCUCCCUGAAUUGAAAAAAAAUCAGGGAAAGAGAGCAGGAAGAGAGAUCAUGCAAUGCAUGAAGCACUAAAUUUGAAUACAAUUUGCAUCUGUCAAACAAAGGCAAAUGAGGUUGAUAAGAUAAUCGAAUGCCAAGCUAAAGAAUGCAAAAGUGGAAAAUUCUUUCACCUAACUUGCCUAGGAUAUAAAAGAAGACCAAAUAACAGCAUGAAAUCUUGGAUAUGCAGUUAUUGCAAAGCAAAUGGAACAAUUGAUUAAGCAACUACUUCCAAACAAGAUGAGCCUUUGCAUUACAUAGAUAGAUUCUGACAUUGAAAUCACCAGUGGCUGAAAAGAAAUCAGAAACAUUUGCCCCUCUAAGAGCACUCAAUGGCAGGCACUACAUUAAAUUAUGUCAACAGAUGAUUGGUUUGAUUGUGACAUAACUAUAAGAUUUAAGUCAAUUUAAGAACCGUAAAUCCAAAUGUUGAAGGAUUGGACCAUAAAGAAACAUUGGAUGUUGUUUCUGGCGGAUUUCCACAAAUAUUUAAAUGUUGUUCAUUUUUAAUCUAUAUUUCUAGCUUUACUAACAAGUUCUUUAUAAUAACUCCCAUUUUACUACUUUAUAGAUUUUCUCACAGAUACUGGUGUUACACACAGUAUUUUUUUAUAAGGUGUUAAUAGGAGAUUGGGGGUUACAUUGUUGAAAAAGUAAAAAAAACCUAAUUGUUUUACUACUUUCUAGUCAAACUACUACUACUUUUUAGAUACUUUCUAGUCAAAAGGAAUUACAGAGGGGCAUAAAUUAGUUAGGGAUGCACAAACUCGAAUAAUUCUGUCAAUAGUAGGGCAAGUGUUUCCUUUCGAUGUAGUCAAGUAGUCAAUAGGUAACGUUCCUUGAAGCAUUGUGUACUUUUGGCGCAAAAGUCCAAUAACUCUCUCAACAUGAUUUCUCACAUUGGCAAUUCCUCUUGUUUUUUCCACAUCUACUGGGUCCAAUUGGUCUUUUCCUUUUGUAAAGGCAGGUAUUGCAAGCUUAGCUUGAUACAGCCCAACACUUUCUUCUAUUGUAAAGCCCCUGUCUGCCAAUACCAAAUCUCCAGGUUUCAACAGUUUCAAAAUACCACAGUUGUCAGUUAGGUAUUUGUCUGAUGUACGUCUUCCCCAUGCCUCGAAGCUGAUUGAACCCUGAGGAGUUAUACCAAUAAGAACCUUAAUGGUAUUGUGAUGUUUAUAGUUUGAAAAUGUUUGAGCUCUGGCCAAUAAAUUUGAAGGCCUUUCAAUGAAUACCUCAAAACAAUCUAUGAUCACUGUUGUUUUCUUUCCAAAUGCAUAUUGAAAACAUUGUGGCAUAGUAUUCCAUAGAUCUUCUCUUUCCGGCCAAGAUAUGAGGAAACUUAGUCUGUUAUCAAGGUUGAUCAUCCAAGCUGAAAAGAUUCUGGAAACUGUGGAUAGUGAAGCCCCAAAUCUGUACACAAGGUCCUGAAGUGGCACAUUAAGCCUUAAUUUCAUUAGAACCAAAACAAAUUCUUGAAAUGAAGACAGAAGUGAUUUAUUUUUGACACUGGGUUUAAGAUAUUUAAAGGCUGCCUUUAGAAUUUCAAAGCUUGGCAUUCCAGUAUAAAAUUUCACCUUUGAAUCAUCGCCCUUAAAAUAGGACUCAUCAAGGAGUUUCUCUUUUGGAGUAUUAGCAGUUAGAAAAUCAAAUUCAUUGGUGUCAGUCGCUUUGUCGGACAUUCCAGGCUCCUCAAUAUCAUUAUUUAUAGGGUCAUCCACACCGCUGCUGGGUAAAUCCUUGCUUUCUUCGUCAAAUCCCGAGUUGAAAAUCUCUUUGGCCGUCAAUCCUGGUUCUGUGAAAUGCCUCAUUUCCUCCUUCCUCUUAUUUCAAGUAUUUCCAUUGCACGCUUAUGUCUUCCAGCCACCCUUUCCGCUCUCUUAGCUAUGGAUUCGACUUGGCAACUGCUUUUACGCUUCGAGUGUCCAAGGUUUAAUGUUGGUACCCAGUCAACAUUAUGCUUGUCCCAGUCUUUAGCAGCCGCUCCCGAGACGAAAUGAUGCCCACAAACACGGUCAUUUGCCAAUUUUUUGUCUGUCAAGUCUUCCCGGCUAAUUGCUGCUAUCCAUUUUCGUCUGCGCUCUGUACUUAAUAAUUCAGUUUGCUCUCCUUGAUGAGUAAUUAUUGCUGGGACCCGGAAAAAUGUUAGGCCGUUCUGAUCUUUGCCUUGUUUCUCGCUGCUCUUUCUUCCAGUUUUUUCUCCGCAGGCGACAAUCAGACACAAAACCAUGAUUAGAAUAAUUAUUUCACACAAAAAUUAGACAAAUACCCGAAUGAUUCCCUAAAAUAUCUCGUCAACUUAGUACCCAAGGAGGGAAUAUUAAUUGACAACGUAGUGAUUCUACGCUGCAAGGUUUUAUUAUGGAACACCGACAUGGCGGAUAACAACGGUUGCUAUGCAUAUUUGUCACGUGAUGAAAACGCUCUAUACAAGGCCAUUUAUGAGCAAGUCUCACAAAGGUUUCAAAGCUGCGAGACUGUCCGAUAAAAAGUUGCCAACUCAUGUUUCAAAUCUCGCAAAGUUGUAGUGUUGUAGUCCUUCAAACAGGGGUCUGAUGAGCGUGAAAAUCCAAUUUUGCAGUGCGUGAAUGCGUGAAAAGUCAAAAAAUCGUGCGUGAAGGACAUAUAUAUAAAUGACAUUUAUAAAUCUUCUCAAAUUCUUCAGUUUCGACUAUUUGCAGAUGACACCAGUAUUUUAUUGGCUAACAAAAAUCUUGAUAUCCUAGAACAAACCACCAAUUCGGAGUUACAAAGGGUAUCUGUGUGGUUAUUGGCUAAUACGCUAUCGCUAAAUGCAUCUAAAUCGAACUUCUUGCUGAUAAGCUCUCGUAAAACUGAUAGAAACAUAAAAUUAAAAAUUAAUAACAGAGAUCUCAAACAAGAAAAUUACACUAAAUAUCUUGGAGUAAUAAUUGAUAAUAAGCCCACCUGGAAAUUGCAUAUAAAGCAAAUAAAUUUAAAAUUAUCAAAAGGAAUCGGAGUGCUAUAUAAAUUAAGACAUCUGGUACCAAAACAACCUCUUAAGACUUUAUACUCCUCAUUCAUUCAAUCACAUGUACUAUAUGGUACAUUAAAUUGGGGUUGUGCUAAUAAAACUAUCCUGGAACCUUUAAAACGUAACUUACGAAAAGCAGUUAGAGUAAUCGACUUUGCAAACUACACUGCACAUAGUGAACCUAUAUUCAAACGCCUUAAAAUAUUUAACUUUGAUAAACUUUACCUGCUUGAGACAGCAAAAAUGAUAUAUCAAAUUAGCUCUGACAAAGCUUCUCUUGAAGGCGAGUUUGUAAAAACAAAAAAUGUACACAAUUAUAAUACACGGCAAUCUUCUUCUGAAGGUUUUUCUCUUCCAUCCAUCUCUACAAACUUUAAAAAAAACUUUCUCACUUUCGAUGGUAUUAAAUUUUGGAACUCCCUACCUAUAGAGUUAAAAAAAAUGGAUAAUAAACACCACUUUGUGAAACAGAUGAAAUAUUUUCUUACGAACAAAUUUUGACAUCUGUAGGCUUGAUUACUUUAUGAUUUUUUUAUAAUUGCACUUAGCUGUUAUUACAAUAUUACACAUAGUCUUAUUUUUAUUUCGUUCUACUUUAUUUUAUUCUUGUUAUAUCUUACUGUUAUUAUUCAAACUUAAAAUCGUCAUUAUAAACACGUCAAUUUGGAUACAUGGCUCGAUAGCUUGCCCAAAGUUCUUUCCAUGUGUCCAUCAGCCUAAAAUUGUUUAAUUCUCAUUGCUGUUCUAUAAAAUAUUGCGAUUGACCAUUCAUUGUUAUUUAGCCAUAUUAACUUGGAUAUUUUAUAUUUAGUAUAAUUAUGUUAACCGGUAUAUUGUAAUUAAUCAAUUUUAUGUUGAAAAAAAAAAUAUUUUGA